CGCCAUGCUACGACUUUAUCCUCUGGUUAUUUCUCAUGGUUCUCUACCUACAGUGGGCCUCAUCACAUAACAUCCUCCUUGGGGGCUAGACUGUGCGUUGACACAGUCUGGCAUAAAUGAGAGGCACCUGGGUUUCUUCUGUACAACACACGCACACGCGUGCACACUCUAAUUGCCUGUUCGUCAGAUAUUCGUACCGUUUGAUUCCGAGGCAACCCAGCUCCAUCUCGCCAGCUGUGGACCAUACAGUAGCAUCUUGAAAAGAUGGCUCCUCCCAUCCUCCCCACCGCAUACGACAAGGGGGAUCUGUACAAUUACUACUGCUCCAUUGACGACCCUCAAAUCGUCAGGAAUAAGCUCUACUCCCUACGUAACUAUAUAACCGAGCUUGAGGAAAGCCGCAACCCCCAAGCCCAAGCCGAAGCCCAACAAAGCAUUCAUCAGGCAGAAGAGGCUAUCAACCUUCUCCGCCAACGUCUCAGGGCGAUGGGGCAACAAGAGCCCUCCGAGAAGGAGAACAACAAGCCAUCGGGCUCGACCUCGUUUGCCGACGGAGAUGGCCACUACGCUGGUCCCAGUCGCCUCUCCACUCCUGCGAGUGCGUCGACAUCUGGCACAUGCACCGCGAGCUAUGCCAACCUGGCCAAGCGUCCUCGUACUUUCAGCUUCGGUAAUGACUAUAGUAACAGCCACCAGAACAAGUCACACAAGACGGCC